UUAUCAAUGGAGCACUAUUUACAACAUCCGGGUAAUUGAAAUGUUGUUUAGGAUACAAACAUGGCCGCCGAAGAUGAUUCCGAUGUUCCAGAAACAGGGGGCGUGUUUACCUUUGGAAAGAGCAAGUUUGCAGACAAUUUACCAAGCAAAUUUUGGGUAAAAAAUGAUAAAGUAUUACACGUUGCUUGUGGUGACGAGCAUACAGCUAUAGUUAAUGAAACAGGAAGAGUUUUUACCUUUGGUGCUAAUGACUGGGGACAGUUAGGGCUAGAUCAUACAAAGCCUGCAUACAAACCAACUUGUGUUAAAAAAUUGAAACAAGAAAAAAGUUAUUUAGUGGCAUGUGGUAGAGUCCAUACAAUAGUAGCUACAGAAUCUGGUAAACUUUAUUCCUUUGGUGCUAAUUCAGAAGGCCAGCUUGGUAUAGAAGAUUGUUCUAGUAGUAAUGAACCUAGAGAAAUAACAGGAAUAUCUACACAUAAAUAUAAACAGUUGUCAGCAGGGGCAGAUCACUCUGCAGCAUUGACAGAGGAUGGUGAAGUGUAUGUUUGGGGAGGUGGAAGUGAAGGACAACUUGGUCUUGGGGAUGAAACAGAAUGUCCACAGCCACAACUGUUAGAUAUAGAAGGCAAAGUCACAUGUCUAUCGUGUGGUUAUUACCAUACAGCUGUAGUGACAGAAUCCGGUGAAUUGUACACAUUUGGUGAGAGUGAUGGAGGCAAGUUAGGACUAGGGGAUGGAGAUAUCAAAGCAUUUGUACCUACAAAAGUGGAACUUCCAGAGAAAGCCAAACAAGUAUCUUGUGGGAAUACUCAUACAGUUGUUUUAUUAGAAUCUGGUAAAGCUUAUUCCUUUGGUGAUGGUAACAAUGGUCAGUUGGGACAUGGAACAAGAACUCUGGAAACACCAUCACCAAAACAAAUAUUUUGUAAACAGAAAAUCAAACAAGUCUCAUGUGGAGACAGUCAUACAGCACUUAUAUCAGAAAAAGACCAGUUGUUCACCUUUGGAGAUGGAAGACAUGGUAAACUAGGUCAAGGUCAAGAAAGCUACUGCAAUAUCUAUGUUCCUACGCUAAUUGAAAGAUUUAAAAACUUUCAUGUUACUCAGGUAUCGUGUGGAGGUUGCCAUAUGUUGGCAGUAGGCCAUAAGAGGUUACAAACAGAGGUUGAGGAAAGUUCUGAAGAGGAGACUGAGGAAUCUCCAGAAAUUGUCAACAAGAAUCUACUAAACGCAUCUCUGAAAGCUGAUGGGUCGUUAGAUCUCAAUAAUAGCUUUACAGCAAGAGAAAAACGUAGACAAAACACAUUAAGUAAAAGUCCAUCUAUAAUCAAGAGGCAGUUGCCAGAAUUGAAUAACAACAAGCCACCACCAUUAAGUGCCACAUUGCCACCCAAUGAAACUCCUCUUGCUAAGGAAAGAAUACAUGGUGUACAGAGUGAAAACAAAAUACUACACAACACAGUCGACCAGCGAGAUAAAUCUAAACAUAAAAAAGAUGAGGACAGUGAGGAAGAAUCCGAGGAGGACGAGGAGGAGGAAGAUUCCCAUGUAAAUAAACAUAUAGAGGAAGUCAAAACAAACAGGGUUCAGUCAGUACCACGCCCAAUGCCCCGCCCCUCUACACAGAAACCAUUAGAAGAUGUACAGAAAAAAGAAGACAAGAAGGAAAAAGAAGAUGAAUCAGAUGAAGAGUCAUCAGAAGAAGAAGAUAAACCAACUCCCACAAAACAGUCUGAAUCAAAAUUAUCCAAACCAACUGAAUCAGAGGAAGAGGAAGAAGACUCAGAGGAGGAGACAAAGUCUAAACCUACACCAACGAAAAGAUCUUUACCAAAGAUGGGAGAAGAUAAAUCUGCAGACUCAGAAGAGGAAGAAGUUAAAGCAUCAACAUCAUCAACAUUAAGGACCUUGCCAACAGUACCUGUUCCUCAGCCCAGAAAAGGUAAACAAGAAAAAGAUGAGGAGGAUGAAUCAGAUGAAGAGAAAGACGAAAAACAUAAGAAAGAUAAAAAGAAAGGAAAGAAAUCCAAAACUAAGAUUUUUGGUACAACAACUGGUUUGUCAGAUGAGGAUGAAGGAGAUGAUGAGGAUGAAGAAGAUGAUGUUGAAGAAACAAAGAAAAAAGAGAUGUCAGAGGAAGAAGAUGACGGAAAGAAGAAGAAAGACAAAAAGAAAGGAAAAGAUAAAGAAGACAAGAAGGGAAAAAAAGAUAAAAAGAAAGAUAAAAAAGAUAAGGAUAAGAAGAAGAAAAAAGGGAAGAAAAAUGAUGAAGAUGAAGAAGAGGAUGAAGACAAAGAAGAAGAUGAAGGAGUAAAAUCAGAAAAAGAAGAAAAGGGUAAAGACAAAAAAGACAAGAGCAAGAAGAAAGAUAAAAAAGAUAAAAAGAAAGACAAGAAAAAAGAUAAGGAUGAAGAUGAAGAUGAAAAAGAUGAUGAGGAAGAAGAUGAUGAGAAAAAAGACAAGAAAAAAGAUAAGAAGAAGGAAAAGGACAAAAAAGAUAAAAAGAAGGAUAAAGACAAGAAAGGUGACAAAGAUGAUGAAAAGGAAGCUGGAGAGGAAGGAGAAAAAGAUGGAGAAAAGAAAGAAGACAAAAAAGAGGACCCAAAGCCUUCAAAUCAGAAAAAGUCAUUUUCAUGUACGAUAUUGUGAUACAAGGAGAGAAUGUGUUGUAAAUGAACAACUGUUGCCGCUCUCCAAAGACUAGAGGAUGAUAACCCAGGAGAACAGACUAGAAAUCCUUUAUAAAACUAUGGCAGCCUAUUUAUCUGUGAUUAAUUGUUUGUUGUUAGUGCUUGUUGUUUCCGUCCAUAUUUUAGUACUAAGUAUAUUGUUAAAUAUUUAUAAUCUGUCACCAUGGUUAAUUUUUAUCCCAUGUGAUAUUUAUGUUUUGUACUUGUAAGGUCAAUGAAGUGCAAAGUUUAGUGUCAAAUGUAACAAAAAGUAAUUUCAGUAUUUUGUAAUCAUGCUUUAAAAGUAGAUGGGUCUAUUUCGUUAUUUGCAACCAAUUUGAAGAAUUAUGUUUUCUAAGACCAUGUGUUGAUUGAAAUAUAAAAUUGAUAUCAGUAAGGAUAGUGAAGGUUAUGUAAUAGAUAUUUUUUUCUAUGAUUUUAAUGAUAAAUUCAAAAUUAUAAAUUUUAUGCACUAUUUAAAAAAAUAUGACUCUCACAGGUUGGCCAUUUUUUCCCCUCAAAUGAGUGAUAUAGUUUUUUUUACUAAAAUAUGCCUUUUUGCAGUAAACUUGGUACAGUUUAAUACUUUUAUUAUAGGAAUGUGAUAAUUUUGCACGCAAUUUGAUUUAAAGAUUUAUUAUAAUAUAUUAUAUUAUUUUAUCUCAUGAUUUUUUAACGUAUAUAGGAAACUUUUGCAGUAUUCAAAAUACAUGUAGAAUUUAGUUAUUAAGGAUGAUGUGUAAAAUUUUGUCAUUCUAUGAUGAUCAACAUAUUUUCAAUAUGUAGCAAGAAAAUUAGGGCAGCGACAUCAUUUUUUCAAAUUAGAUGCCAGAGCAUAUAGUAUUGCACAUGUCUGCCAAUAUCAUUCUAAAUCAAAUUGUUGUCUAGAUUUCCUUUUGUGCAAAUUUUUUUUCGUUAAACCUAAGAUAAGAAACUGAUUUUAUAAGUGUAUAAUUAUGAGUUAUAUGAUAGAUGACUUUCUUUUGACAAAAUUAUGGAAUUCUUUUGUCAAAUGAUGCCAUUAAUUUGUGCAUUCAAAUCUAGUUGAUUUUCUGAGAAGACUUGAAAGAGUUAUGUUUUCUGUUUUUGUUCACAAACUUAUGUUUCCACCAUAUAUUUGUUUCGAUUUUUUUUUAGAAUAUAUGAAUUUUGUUCAUCUUGUGGUGCAAAAAGAAGCCCAGUGACAUUUUUUUAUCAAAAUUUAAGAAACAACAUGAUAUAAAUUUUCAAAAUUAGAAGCAAAAUUCUGUUGUUUUUGUUUACAGUCUCAUACUGACUUAAACUUAUUUUAAUCUUGUUAUUCACAAAUUCUGUUAAAACAUCAAAUAAUUUGACAAUAGAAGAUACAAGGUCUAUAAAAAAAUAAUGACAAAAUUAUAUAGCUCUGUACAUGAUACUGAUAGUGCAUUUAGUCAUUAUAGUGUAAGAUAUUCAUUUUCAGGUAUUAAGACAUACAGGGUGCAAAAUUAUGUGUGCUUUAUCAUCAAUGUCAACAUCAAAUUAAUUAAUAGGAAAUUCACAAUUUUGCUGUUGAUUAUCAAAUUUAAUCAAACAACAACAUUAAUUUAAGUACAUUUACAUUUUUUUAAAGGUUAUAAUAAUAGCUUUUUUUUAUGUUACUAUAAUGAAGAGUGGUCUUUUUUCAUUAGAAAUUUAAAAGCAGGCUAUAUCAGUUUUGUUGAACAUUAAAAAGCAUGUUUGAUCAUCAUGUAAACUAAUAUCUACUACUUCAACAUUAGUUAGAUGUUUUAUGUAUCAACAAGACAAAAUUUAAAUUACUAAAAUUUAUAUUAUUAUUCCUAGCAGUAAUUUUUUCAUUACAACUUUGCAAUUAUUUCAUUUGAAUGUUUGCAUAUUUGCCAGUCAGAUAUUUCCAAUAUGUUUAUAGGUAUUAUUUAAUCUUAACUGGUACAUGUUUGAAGUAUACAUUGCAUUUACAUAUAAGUUCUUCAGGAAAAAGACAGUGAGUUUUAUUAUUUUUAUUUGAACAUUUGUUAGUGAUACUUGUUAUUAAUUUUGUUUUAAUAACUUGAGAAAUAGAUAAUGGGUUUAUAACAGUUUAUUGAAGACCCUGCAUUGAAUGAAUUGGUGAAUUAUUCAAUUCCCUUCUUUUAUUAGAAUUCACAGUUGUCCAGAUGAAUUAGGUUGGAUUUAGAAUUUGUAAUUUGUUUUUACAUCAGAUGUGUAUAGGUUUAACUGAAAGGACAUUUCCUUAUUAAAUUGCUCUUAACCAGUAGCAAAAUAAGAAUUUAUGUCCCUGGUUUGAUUUUUUUUUGGUCUGUGAGUCCUUCAUUCCAUUAGUCCGUCCCUGGUUUGAUGUUUUUUGGUCUGUGAGUCUGUCAUUUCAUUAGUAUGUCCUUAUUUUGAUGUUUUUUGGUCUGUAAGUCUAUCAUUCCAUUAUUCUGUCCCUUCAUCUGUCCUGUAUCAGGUUAAAGUUUUGGUUUAACAUUGUUAAGGAUAAAUUUAUUGUCACAUUUACUUCAAACUUAACACAUGCAUGUACAGAGGUUCAUUUUGAUGUGAAAUUUUUCAUAUAUAUGACAGCUUAUAUAUAUAUAUAUAUCAUUAUCUCUGUUCAUGUGGAUAUAUUACCCCCAAAAAAUGAGCUUUUAUUAAAUAAAGAUGGCAUGACUUGGAUAGCCUCUUAAUAAACUUUCUCACAGCUACUGAGGGCUUUUUAGGUGACCUGUCAAUAGCUGAAAGACUUUGUUGACCUCUUAAUUCUAUUUCAUUAACAUAUCCCCGCAUCUCUUAUUAUUCACAUUUAAUCUUAAACAUCAAGUAUUCAGCAAUUCAUCAUUAUUCAUGGAGUACCAAUUUUCGUGUAUUUUGAUGGUAUAGCUGAAGAACAAAUUUAAGUCUACAAAUUUUCUAUGGGCUUGUAUGCAGACUUUGGCACAACCAAAAUUGAUACCCAAGAAAUUAAGUAAAUCCACAGUAUGCAUUUUGACGUAUAUUUAACAACUUGUUCUUUUGUAGAGUUAUUCAGAUUAUUUAUUGACAUUUUAAAACCGAUAAUAUUUAUAACUCAUGUAAAGUUAGAUUUUACUAUAUAAGUUAGAAUGGAGGAAAAGGACCAGUAGUACAUGUAGGUAUGAAUGAAAUGUAAAUAAUUGUACAAAUGUAUAAUAUGUAGAUUAUGUACAGUAAACAAAAAAGCUACCUUUUAUAAUAAAUGAUAAGCAAACUUAUAA